AUGUUGCUGACAGCUCUGAUACUGUUUUCUCAUGGAAUCAUUUGGACGACAGUCGAGGCUGGGAGUUUUGACUAUGUUAUGCCACAUAGACGCUUUAAAAGUAGACCACCAGUGGAUCCUCGCUGUAAAAACCCACAGGACAAACACUUCUGUUCCGACGGAGUGCCGAUGGUGACUUUUGAUGACGACGACACCAUAGUGAUCUACAGCAUGAGGGGAAGUGGAAGACGCGUUCCAUCUAUCGACAAAGUGAUGCCGCAUCACGCCGGCAUUGGCCUGCACAACCUCAACACUGGCUUCUACUACACCUUGGACUGGGCCCAUAUGUUCAGCAUCAUAAACUGCUCCCGACCCGCGGUGCUGGAAGAUGAUUCGUUCCUCUGGUGUAACCAGGGCGCAUCGUGCUUCAGUUCCAACUUCAGCAGCUUCUUCCAAGGGCCAAAAGCAGUACGCCAUCCGGUGGCGAAGACAACCGGCAAACUCCUCAAUGCUUUCUCACACUGGGUCACGUGGGACAACAGUACUGGUAUCUAUGGCGACACGGCACAUCUGAUGCGUUCCAGAGAUGGUCCCUACUGGACGGAGUCCUGGGACUGUGGCAGCUUUGUUCAGCGGGCAUUUCAAGCCCUUUAUGAUCUCGGCGUGAGAUUCUAUCCCGACUUUCAACCAACCUACGACCUGGCCAUCGCCUACACAUAUAUGCCUGAAUACCUGGGCAACCACACGGAGAUAUUCGGCGUUGACGGAGACCCAGUCUUGGCCCAGAGGCUGAUCUCGUUCUUCAAGACAUGGGGCGACAAAGAUAUUGACUAUUUGUACAUGUAUUACAAUGAAGCUUACUGGUAUGCGAAGUUUACAUCCCGAGCUCCAGACACGCUUACCCAAAUGGUAGUCCCGUUACCAGGGUACGAGUAG